UGUGUUCCCACCCUCAUUCUCUCGAGGCACAUGAACCAAUGGCAUCAUCCAUGCAUUUCUCGCUGAUCAUCCAAGUCACGGGUGCUGCAGUUGUUGACCCCAGAAUCCUUCCACACAACUUGCUGGCCUUCUUCCCCUUGUCGUGCGGGUUUUGGCACAAAGUACCGAUCGACUUCGAGACCAACGACUGCAGGAACCUCGAACCAGACGUCUUUGCUGCGUGA